GCGCACGACCACUAAGCUUAUCAUGCGUCUUACAACUGCCCUCUUCGCCUUGGCCGCCCUCGUUGGCACCGCCUCCAGCCGCAUCCUCCUCGUGGGGUCUGAUACCAGCAUCUCGACCACCAACGACCCCGUGGGCAUUUCCAUUUACCGCACCGACGCCGAGGGUAAAUUGACCAAGAUUGGCCAAGAAACCAACGCCACCACGGGCAACCAGCCGAGGUACUUUGCCUUGUCCAACAACCACAAGUUCUUGUACGUGACGAAUGAAGUCGAAUUGGGCACGCUCACCGCGUUUCGUGUGAGUCGCAACAACCACAACAACUGCAAAGAUGACGACAACGAAGAUGCCGACAACGAGGUGACCAGCAACGAGGACAAGCUGUCCCUCGAGUUUCUCGGCACGACCGCCACCAACACCAAGGGCCCCGUGCACGUGAUGCUCACCAACGACAACAAAUACGCUCUCGUCCCGAGCUACACCGACGGGGCGGUGGUCGUGUUCAAGCUCAACCAGGACGGCACUGUUGGCGAGAUCGUGGACAAGGUGCAGUUCACGGGCGGCGCAGGCCACGUUUCUUGGACCCAAGAUGGCCCCCGUGCCCACUGCGUGGCUAUGAGCAAGGACAACUCGUACGUGUACGUGACGGACUUGGGCAACGACAAGAUCAUGCAGUUCAAGCUCAACGACGAGGGCAAGCUCAUCGAGAAUGGCUUCGUGGACACUGGUCGGAGUACACUCCCCCGCCACUUGGCCGUGCACCCAAACGGCCUCGAUAUCUUCUUGACCACCGAGUUCACGAACGAGUUGGUCCGCUACAAAGUGCAAUCGGACGGCCAGUUGGUCAAGAAGGCGGCCGUGAAGACGUCGAAGAAGACCGGCAAGCAGUUCGCGUCUGCCGUGCACGUCACGAAAGACGGCAAGUUCGUGCUCGUGUCCAACCGCGGCCUCGAGGGAAACGAAAACAGCAUCGUGGUCUUCGACGCUGCCACGUUGGACCUUGUGUCCACGGGUCCCCUUCGCGCCGGCGCAUACCCCCGCGACUUUACAAUCAGCGACGACAACAUCGUGUACGUGGGCAACCAAUACACGAGCGACCUUGUGAGCUUCCACCUGCUCAAGGACGGUACCCUCGUCCACACCGGCACUAACGUUACCGUGCCCAACCCCGUCGUGUUGUUGACCCUCUAAACAACACUACUAAUA